CAAACAACCAUCAGUCCAACGGGGCUGUUUUUCCUGCCAGCCGGCCUUUCUGUGGCUCUUCUGCGGGUGUUCGUCUGGUCUCUGCAACAAUGAAGAUCAAACUGGGCUGAGCUCACAUCCCAUCAGCCAAAAUGGACCUACCAGAUUAUCACCCACAGCAGCCACAGCCACUUUUCCACCACCCUGGCAACUACUCAGAGGAGCUAUUAACUUUAGAAGGGUCAUCAACAUCGCAGGAAUUUAAGUCAGAGCCAGACGGCAGACCAGAGUCAAAGGAGAGCUGUCCCGUCUGUGGAGACAAAGUGUCAGGAUACCACUAUGGACUCCUCACUUGUGAAAGUUGCAAGGGCUUCUUUAAACGCUCAGUACAGAACAACAAGCAUUACACCUGUGCAGAACAACAGAGCUGCCCCGUGAACCUUUCACAGAGGAAACGUUGUCCAUUUUGCCGCUUCCAAAAAUGUCUGGCAGUGGGCAUGAAAAGAGAAGCAGUAAGAGCAGAUCGUAUGAGAGGUGGCAGAAAUAAAUUUGGCCCACUAUACCGGCGGGACAGGCAAAUGAAACAGCAGAGGGCGUAUCACCAGCCGAACACUGCUCCCUACAGGAUUAAGACAGAAACUACUCAAACACACCGGCCCACAGCUCCAAAUGACCCGCACAUAAUCAGUAGUCACACAAGUGCUCCAUUGUCUUCUGAUGCUUUUCAUCAGUCCCAUAUGUACCCCUCUGGCAUGGGGCAGUCGGGUGAGCCCAUGCCUCUGGAUUGCACUAUGAACACAGACAGGGUGCUUACCCCUCUACCACUGCCAUACCCUGGACUGUACCAUCGCACCUUGCCUGGAUACCUGCAGGAGAAAGAAGAGAUGCCUUUUAGCUACAGCCCAGCCCCUGCAAAUUAUACAGUGCACCAAACUCAAAACACUUCAUUCACACCACGAAGCACACCAGCAUCAUCCCCCUGCUCAACGCCAAGCUCAAGCAACCCUCAUCCACCCCAGACUCCAAUCCAAACCCAAGACACCCCCUCAUCAACCCCUACUGCAACCAACUUCCUAAGCCAUCUUCUGGAGGGGGAGCCAGAUGAGAGCCAGCUGUGUGCUAAGGUCCUCUCCAGUCUGCAGAGGGAACAGGCCAACCGAGGCAAACAUGACCGUCUAAAUACAUUCAGCAUCAUGUGCAAAAUGGCUGACCAGACUCUGUUUGGGCUUGUAGAGUGGGCAAGGAACAGUUCACUCUUCAAGGAGCUCAAGGUGGAGGACCAGAUGGUGCUGCUGCAGAGCUGUUGGAGUGAGCUGCUGGUCCUGGAUCACCUUUGCAGACAGGUGGCCUACGGCAAAGAGGGUUGCAUAUAUCUGGUGACGGGACAACAAAUUGAUGUAUCGACCAUCAUCUCACAGGCAGGCGUAACACUGAGCAGCCUGGUAUCAAGGACCCAGGACUUGGUUUCCAAACUGAAGGCAUUUCAGUUGGACAGACAUGAGUUUGUCUGCCUUAAAUACUUGGUGCUAUUCAACCCUGAUGUGAAGUCAGUGCAGAGCCGCAGGCAGGUGGAGCAGACACAAGAGAGGGUCAACAGGGCCCUGAUGGAGCACACCCAAAACAGUCACCCUAGACACUCAGACAAGUUCGGCCAGCUUCUGCUGCGGCUCCCUGAAGUACGCAGCAUCAGCUUGCAGGUUGAAGAGUAUUUGUACCAGCGCCAUCUUCUGGGAGAUUUGCCUUGCAACUCUCUACUCACAGAGAUGCUGCACACCAAGCACAGCUGAGGAGAUACUGCAGUUCUCAGUUCUGGCGUUCGCUGCUGUGGAGCAAGUAGUGAACAAGCAUCUUUAACAUCAGCGCUGAACGGGAAUAUUUAGUGUACUUUGUUCAAAUGCCCAUUAUUAACAGUAUUUCCAUGGCCAAAUGCUCACUAAAUAUUUGUUUCUGUCAGUAUUGUUGGAGAGAUUUGAGAUCCAAGCACUACCAUGAUGUUUUUAGCAGGCAAGAAGAACUUAACUGUAAAAACAGAUAAAA